AUGGGUAGUGGCUUUAAUUUUCGACUCUUGUAUCGAGUCGUUUUCUUUUCCUUCUGUCUGAUUUUCGCCUGUUUUUAUCCUGGUGGUGGUUCAGAGUAUGACAGGCGAGAGGAUAAAACAGAACCGAACAAAUUAAAAGAUGAAUUCAAAGGUAAACCCGUGAAUGUUGACAUUUCUCUCAAACAAGGCGAGCGAGUCUCUAACUUGACAGAAAAUGCGAAACAAAUUGAUGGCCGCAAGUCGCGGAAGAAAACUCAUCUUUCAAAGAUGGUUAGAAAAGGUAAAUUUUGAAAAUGUGAGAAUGUUCGCACUUCGGAAACGGCAAAUAUAUUAACCGUAAUUAAUUUUUAGGAACUGCGAUGAAAAUACUCAGAAGUGAUAGAAUACAGAAGCGCCCAGAACCGUCUUCUUCAAUUCCUUCGCCGUCUGAGGUAAAAGUUCCAAGCAACGAAUCGACAACCAUCUCCCACACAAGUGAGACAAAAUGGCAAACUAAUUGGAGCAUGAAAAGCAUAUCGUCAUUGGAAAAUCAAAUUUUUUACCAAAACGACUUAAGAGAAGCAGCCAAAAGAGAAAAGUUCGCUUCACUAACAACUCAACAUCUCCGGAACAGACGUGAAAUUGAUUCAAAAUCUGAGUAUACCCUGGAAGAUCUAUUGAUGUGCAACAAUACAAUCAUCAAUAUAACAUACGAUGAUGAAUACAAAGUUCGAACCGACUUUUCAAUACUCUAUAAGAACAAGGUGUACGAUUAUACUGAGUAUCGAGUUCUGAAUGAUAGCAUAAAGAUUUGUAACUCCACUGAUAACUACGUAAGGAAUAUUUGGAAAGUACGGAAUGAAUGGGUGAAGGCAAGAAUGCACUAUAAAAGUUGCAAUAAACCCAUCAGAGAGUCUGGGCUGUACCGAAAGUAUUACACUGUGAAUAAGCAGUUCACUGUCUAUUACCUAGUUACGAGUCAAUUCUUCACAAGAAAUGACUAUGGGGUGGAAGACGGUAAACUUUAUAUAUGCAAAGAAAAGUUCAGACUCACAACAAGAGAGUAUACUGAGGAAGAUCUACUAAUGUGCAACGAUUCAAUCAUCAAUAUACAAUACUAUGAUGAAUACAAAGUUUGGACUGAUUUUUCAAUACUCUAUAAGAACAACGUGCACGAUUAUACAGAAUAUCGAGCUUUGAAUGAUAGCAUAAAGAUUUGUAACUCCACUGAUAACUACGUAAGGAAUAUUUGGAAGAUACGCAAUAAAUGGGUAAAGAGGAAAAUACAUCAAAAAAGUUGCAAAACACCCAUUAGAGAGUCUUGGUUCCACCGAAAGUAUUACACUGUGAAUAAGCAGUUCACUGUCUAUUUGGGACGUCGUGGUCAAUUUUUCACAAGGAAUGACUAUGGAGUGGAAGACGGUAAACCCUUUACAUGCAAAGAAAAGUUCAGACCGAAAUCAACAAAGUAUACCCAGGACGAUCUAUUGAUGUGCAAUGAUUCGAUCAUCAAUAUAACAUACGAUGAUGAAUACAAAGUUCGAACUGACUUUUCAAUACUCUAUAAGGACAAGGUGUACAAUUAUACUGAGUAUCGAGUUCUGAAUGAUAGCAUAAAGAUUUGCAACUCCACUGAUAACUACGUAAGAAAUAUUUGGAAAGUACGCAAUAAAUGGGUAAAGGCGACAGUACAUCAAAAAAAUUGCAAAAACCCCAUUAGAAAGUCAUGGUUGUACCGAAAGUAUUACACUGUGAAUAAGCAAUUCACUCUCUAUUCGGCAGCUGAACGUCAAUAUUUCACAAGAAAUGACUAUGGGGUGGAAAACGGUAAACCUUAUAUAUGUGAUGAAAAGUUCAGACCCAUAUCAAGAGAAUAUACUGAGGAAGAUCUAUUAAUGUGCAACGAUUCAAUCAUCAAUAUAAAAUACGAUGAUGAAUACAAAGUUCGGACAGAUUUUUCAAUACUCUAUAAGAACAAGGUGCACCAUGAUGCUGAGUAUCGAGUUCUGAAUGAUGGCAUAAAGAUUUGUAACUCCACUGAUAACUACGUACGGAAUAUUUGGAAAGUACGCAAUAAAUGGAUAAAAGCGAGAAUGCAUGAAAAAAGUUGCAAUAAACCAAUUAGAGCUUCUUCGUUGCACCAAAAGUAUUACACUGUGAAUAAGCUGUUCACUGUCUAUUUUGCAAGUCGUGGUCAAUAUUUCACAAGAAAUGACUAUGGGUUGGAAGACGGUAAACUUUAUAUAUGCGACGAAAGGUUCAGACCCGAAUCAACAGAGUAUACCCAGGAAGAUCUAUUAAUGUGCAAUGAUUCAAUCAUCAGUAUAAAAUACGAUGAUGAAUACAAAGUUCGGACUGACUUUUCAAUACUCUAUGGGAACAAGGUGUACAAUUUUACUGAGUAUCGAGUUCUGAAUGAUAGCAUAAAAUUUUGUAACUCCACUGAUAACUACGUAAGGAAUAUUUGGAAUGUACGCAAUAAAUGGGUAAGGUUGACAAGGCAUGAAAAAAGUUGCAAUAAACCCAUUAGAACCUUUUGGUUGAACCGAAAGUAUACUGUGCAUAAGCAGUUCACUAUCUAUCUCGCACCUAGGAGUCAAUAUUUCACAAGAAAUGACUAUGGGGUUCAAGACGGUGAACCUUAUAUAUGCAAAGAGAAGUUAAGACUCGAAUCAACAGAGUAUACCAAGGAAGAUCUAUUAAUGUGCAACAAUUCAAUCAUCAAUAUAAAAUACGAUGAUGAAUACAAAGUUUGGACUGACUUUUCAAUAAACCAUAAAAACAAGAUGUAUGAUUAUACUGAGUAUAGAGUUCUGAAUGAUAGCAUAAAGAUUUGUAACUCCACUGAUAACUACGAAAGGAAUAUUUGGAAAGUACGCAAUAAGUGGGUAAAGUUGACAAUGCAUGGAAAAAGUUGCAAUAAACCCGUCAUAACCUUCUCGUUCAACCGAGCGUAUUACACUAUGAAUAAACAGUUCACUGUCUAUUCGGGUGCCGAUGGUCAUUAUUUUACAAGAAAUGAUUAUUGGGUGGAAGAUGGUAAACUAACAAUAUGCAACGAAAACAACAAACCCACAUCAACAGAGUAUACCCAGGAAGAUCUAUUAAUGUGCAACAAUUCAAUCAUCAAUAUAAAAUACGAUGAUGAAUACAAAGUUCAGACGGACUUUUCGAUACUUUACAAGAACAAAGUGUACAAUUAUACUGAGUAUCGAGUUCUGAAUGAUAGCAUAAAGAUUUGUAACUCCACUGAUAACUACUACGUAAGGAAGAUUUGGAAAGUACGCACUAAGUGGAUAAAGUUUGCAAUGCAUCAUAAAAAGUGCAACAAAUCCAAAUUCGUUUUGAUUUCUCGAGAGAAUUACACUGUGAAUGAGCAGUUCACUGUCUAUCUCGCACUUUGGAGUCAAUAUUUCACAAGAAACGACUAUGGGUUGAAAGACGGUAAACCUUAUAUAUGCAGAGAAAAGUUCAAACCCAUAUCAACCGAGUAUACCAAAGAAGAUCUAUUAAUGUGCAACGAUUCAAUCAUCAAUAUAAAAUACGAUGAUGAAUACAAUGUUCGAACUGACUUUUCAAUACUCUAUAAGAACAAGGUGUACAAUUAUACUGAGUAUCGAGCUCUGAAUGACAGCAUAAAGAUGUGUAACUCCACUGAUAACUACGUACGGAAUAUUUGGAAACUACGCAAUAAAUGGGUAAAGGAACAAAUGCAUCAUAAAAGCUGCAACAAAUCCAAAUUCGUUUUGAUUUCUCGAGAGAAUUACACUGUGAAUGAGCAGUUCACUGUCUAUUUGGGAGGUCGUGGUCAAUAUGUCACAAGAAAUGAGUAUGAGCUGAAAGACGGUAAACCUUAUAUAUGCGAAGAAAAGUUAAGAGCCGCAUCGACAGAAUAUACCCAGGAAGAUCUAUUAAUGUGCAACGAUUCAAUCAUCGAUAUAAAAUACGAUGAUGAAUACAAAGUUCUGACUGACUUUUCAAUACUCUAUAAGAACAAGGUGUACGAUUAUACCGAGUAUGAGUAUCGAGUUCUGAAUGAUAGCAUAACGAUUUGUAACUCCACUGAUAACUACGUAAGGAACAUUUGGAAAGUGCGCAAUAAAUGGGUAAAGGCGACAAUAUAUCAGAAAAGUUGCAAUAAACGAUUUGGAACCUCCUGGUUGGUCGCCCAAAGUUAUUACACUGUGAAUAAACAGUUCAUUGUCUAUUUCGCAGGUGAUGGUCAAUACUUCACAAGAAAUGACUAUUGGGCGACAGACGGUAAACUUAUAAUAUGCGAAGUAAACGAUAGACCCACAUCAUCAGAGUAUACCCAGGAAGAUCUAUUAAUGUGCAACGAUUCAAUUAUCAAUUUAAAAUACGAUGAUGAAUACAAAGUUCGGAAUGACUUUUCAAUACUUUACAAGAAUAAGGUGUACGAUUAUACUGAGUAUCGAGUUCUGAAUGAUAGCAUAAAGAUUUGUAACUCCACUGAAAACGACGUAAGGAAUAUUUGGAAAGUACGCAAUAAAUGGGUAAAGUUGACAAAGUAUCAAAAAAGUUGCAAUAAAUCGAAAAUCGUUUUGUUUUCCGGAGAGAAUUACGUUGUGAAUGAGCAGUUCACUCUCUAUUUGGGAAGUCGUGGUCAGUAUGUCACAAGGAAUGACUAUGGGGUGAUAAACCGUUACCGCAAAUGUUAUACGUGCGAUGGAAAAUUCAGAUCCACAUCAACAGAGUAUACCAAGGAAGAUCUGUUAAUGUGCAACAAUUCAAUCAUCAGUAUAACAUACGAUGAUGAAUACAAAGUUCGGACUGACUUUUCAAUACUCUAUAAGAACAAGGUGUACGAUUAUACUGAGUAUCGAGUUCUGAAUGAUAGCGUAAUAAUUUGCAACUCCACUGAUAACUACGUACGGAAUAUUUGGAAACUACGUAAUUACUGGGUAAAGGCGACAAUAUAUGAAAAAAGUUGCAAUAAACCCAUUAUAUACAUUGAGUUCGACCGAUGGGAAUAUACUGUGCUUAAGAAUUUUGGAAUUCUGAUUUCGGCAACAAAGAAGCUGAUAACAAAGUACGAUUAUGCUGUAUUUGAAGGUAAACUUAUAACAUGUAUGACCGAAUGCGCCAAUUUUACCUUCACUAUAAAGUAUGAAGAUGAAUACAGAGUAUGGAACAAUUUCUCAAUGAUGUACCAAGAUCGAAUGUACUCUUAUGAUGAGUACAGAAUAACGGAUGAUGGUCUACAAGUUUGUAAUUCUUCUGACCAUCUCAUUAAAGAAAAAUGGAGGAAUUUCAUUGUUUCAGAAAAGAUAACGUUUGCUUUCAAACAAUGUGAUGUAUCUGUGGACGGUUUUUACUCCGAAAAUUACACAUUAGAUACAAACUUUACUGUUUUCUUCAAACCUACCAAUCAAAAUUUCACAAGACAAGAUUACGGAGUGAUAUGGGGGUAUUUUGCAAUUUGUUCAAGAAAGCUCAGAUUGUCCUGCAAUGAUGAUUUGGUCACAGUAAAGUACGGUAAUCAAUACAAUGUUUUUAAAAACCUUUCGCUGCUUUACCACAACAAGAUAUACGAUUAUCGCGAAUAUCGAUUAAGCCACGACAGUCUUGAAAUGUGUGCUUCCAAUGAUUCAAGAGCUCAGGCGAUUUGGAGAACGCGAAAUUCGUGGCAAAAGUCAUUACCCGCAUCCUGUUAUCGUUCUUAUAAAUUAAAUGCAAGAUACUACACUGUGACAGAGCAGUUUGCUGUCUAUUCCGCAGAUCACGGUCAAUAUUUCAAAAGAAGUGACUAUGCGGUGAUAGACGGUAAACCUUAUGUAUGCGGCAAAGAAAACUUAAGACCAAUUUUCGUAAUUACAAACUUUAAGAUUAUUAUAGCACCAUUAUGUGCUUUAGCGCUUUCUAUUAUUUCUUUGCUAUUGUUGUUGAUAGUUUACUGCAUGCUUCCAGAACUGCGCACACUUCCUGGUUUGAAUUUAAUGAGUUUUAGUUUUGCCUUGCUGUUGUGGCUGACUUACCUUGUAGUAUUUUUGUCAUUGUAUUCUCAUGUAGGUAAACUGUUUGAGAUACCGUGUGCUAGGCUGUUUGUAGCAAAUAAGUUUAUGACGUAUAGCAUAAUUAUGAAUGCUGCAGUUAAUAUCUAUCACUUAAGGCGAACAUUUUGUGGGAAUACGCUAGUGAAAUCUGAUGAACUGAAGAAGUGGAACAGGUUUUUGAAGUAUAGUUUCUUUAGUUGGGGAGUUCCCAUCAUUAUAACAAUUGUUUACACUGUACUAGUAAAGGAAGAUGUUCUAAGGUUUUAUGAACCUAUUGCGUCGGUGAAGAACGAUGUUCAGUCUGGCUUAAAGUUUUAUCAACGCAUUGUAUCUGUGAAUGGAGAUGCAAUAGCAAAUAAUAUAGGGAUUUAUCAUCAUAUUGCGUCCUUGAAGGAAGAUGUCCUUCGGUCAAAGUGGAGGUUAAAUCAAAGCACUGACACUGCACUUGAAGAUGCCCAGUCGAUGUUUAAUCAAAGCACUGUACUUGGGAAGGAAGAUGCGACGGAAGAUGAUGCAAGGAUUUAUCAACCUAUUAUAUCUUUGAAGAAAGAUGUUCAGUCAAGUUUAAAGUUUUAUGAACGGAUUGUAUUCGCGAAUGGAGAUGGGAAGGAAGAUGAUGCAAGGAUUUAUAAACAGAUUUCUGGAGAUUGUAUCAAUGGUCGAAUUACUCCCGAUUGGUCAGCUGAUGUUGAUGUAUAUGGCCUUCAAGGUUGUCUUUUGUUGUACAUUAUUGGAAUGUUCAUCCUCACUGCUUAUCGAAUUCGCCAAAAACUCAAGGCAAGCAGGAACAUUGCACAGAAAUCGAAUAUUGUUAAGCGUCAUAAAUUUGUCAUAUUGCUCAAGCUGUCGACCACUACAGCCUUAAGUUAUUGGUUUCCUCUCUUCAUAUCUAGAAUCGUGGAUUUUGAUAUCGACAUAAAGAUAGCGCUGUAUACUGUAACGUUGCUUACUGGUGCCUACAUUGGCAUUGCGUUUGUCUUCACACGAAGAAAUUAUCAGUUGCUCAAGAAAAAAUAUUUCCCAGCAAAGAAUAAACCGUCAGUUAACGAAAUUCCGCUGAAUAGACUAUAG